UCCAUUUGCCGCCUGUCCUGCUGCAUGCGGGAGGCUGGGAACUUUGUUCCAGAGGAUGUGGCUGUAACAGCUUCGGGGCUUGUGGUGGUUAGCGACCUCAUCCAUGGGGCUGUCCAUGCUCUUCAGCACACUCCCCGGGACCCUCAGGGGCACUGGGUGACGGUGGGCACAUUCCUGUCCCCUCGAGGGCUGGCUGUGGAUGCCCUUGGCCGAUUCCUGGUGACAGAUUAUGUGCGUGGGGCUGUGCACAGCUUCACAUUGGGCCCUACUUGGGAGCCCUUGGCCCCAGCCUCAGUGCUGGGUCUGGAGGGCCCUUGCUGGGUGAGCCCAGAGCCUGACGGGGGCCUUGUUGUGAGCGAGGAGUUUGGGGAUGUGUGGCUGUUUGGCAGUGCCUGCCAGCCCCUGGGCUCCCUGGGGGCCCUGAGGGGGCAUACCUUUGGUCGCCCAGCAGGGGUGUGCUCUGAUUCAGAGGGCAGUGUUAUUGUGGCUGAUGAACAGAGGCGCCAGGUGACCCUGUUUCCCAGGGCUGGGACGCCUAUCUGUUUGUUGUCAGAGGGGCUGAAGCGACCCUUGGCUGUGGCCUGUUCACCCCAGGGCCACCUUGUGGUGGGAGAUGCGGGGGACAACCACAUCAAGGUGUACCAGUAUCUUGGGAGUUGGCCUGAUGAUAGGCGGUAAGGGCAGGCCUCACCAUGCCUGGCCAGCCUGAGGCUAUGAAGCACCAUGGGAGGCUGGUGGGCUCUUCUGGGGCUACUGGCCAUGCUUCAUGACUCUGAGCCCCCAUUAUUCCCAGACCUGGUCCUUUUGGUGAGUACUUGCAUCUCAUCCACAGCCAGAGAUUAGCUGCCUUUCAAGCUUCCUCUACAAAUCUCCUAAACUGGGCCCUCUCUGUGUCUUCAUCCAGUGUGCCCCGGCCCUGCACUCAGCAUACCCUAUCCACUCAGACCCUGGCUUGCUGACUCAGGUCUCAGGAAGCCUGGGCUUUCAUGCUGGCAGUAGAGGCUGGAGGUCCUUGGUGUGGUAGGCUGCCUGCCAGCACAUACCAGGGAGGAAUCCUAAUCAGAGGCAGGCAGGGUGGGUGUGGCUGGGCUGGGAGGCUUGGGGCAGGGGUGUGGUCCCUCAGUGUCCCCCAACCUCAGAGGCACCCACAGUACUGAGUUUUCAGCAGCUUUUCUGGGUUGAGCAGAGGUAAGGAGGAGGCAGAACAGAGGGGCAAACUUUGAGGUAAUUUGGGAAGCACAUGGCUGGGUCUGGAGUCUCAGUGCCCGCUCCUCCACUCCCCCAUGUGAAACCAUUUUGAAGACUGUCUGAGUCUUCAAUUCUCUGCAAAUUGCAUCCAAAAAGCUCCAGGUGCACGGGGCAGGAAGGUUGGGAGGUUCUAGGUAGCACAGGUCCUGAGUAGCCUUCCUCUGAGGACAGACUUCUGGUGCUUUAAAAAAAAAGGAGAAAAACCAUGGCCUUUUCUCCCAUGUUACAACUGGGAAAAUGAGACUUGAAAGGGGACAAGUGUGGGGUGGGUGCUUGGGGGUUUUACUCAGCAGUCUGCGAACCUGUGAGGGGUCUUCAUUGCCUUGCCCGGCCCCUGCAGGCUGUGAGGUGGCGCUCCAUCUAUCACCAGGACACUGACAUCUGUGGUUACACCUGUUGAGAUUUUCUCAAUAUGUCCGGGCCCCUGUGGGUGGGGGAUUAAAUGGGCAGAUGUAGAAAGCAAGGAGAGUAGGUGCACAAUAAAUGUUAGAAGCUGC